GCCGCUGCCCGCUUCCAAGAUGGCGGCGGCGGCGGCAGGCAGCCUGCGGCGUGCGGGCUGGCGGCUGUGGCGGGGCCGCGCGGGACUCAGGUGCCAGCUGUAUGCACCCCAGCAGGGCCUCCAUGCCUCAGCUGCACUGAGAAGAGCCUCAGAGGAGCAGAGGAAGGACCCACCACCAUCACCCUCCACGCAGCAGCAGUAUGACCCACAACAAACAGACCCCCACCCGGAGCAGGAGGCGUGGAACCCACAGUCCAGUUACACUGGCCAGGGCGGCCAGCAGUCAGAGGACUAUGAGAGCGAGGAGCAGCUGCAGCAUCGAAUCCUCACAGCAGCGCUGGAGUUUGUGCCUGAACAUGGCUGGACAGCUGAAGCCAUUGCAGAGGGAGCCAAGACCCUUGGUCUCUCUGCUGCUGCUGCAGGGAUGUUUCACAGCGACGGCAGUGAGCUGAUCCUGCACUUUGUGUCUCAGUGCAACUCAAAGCUGUCUGACCUGCUGGAGGAAGAACAAAAACAAGUGCAGCUGGGCGAGGCAGAGAAGAAGCCUACAGAUCAAUUCCUGAGAGAUGCUGUGGAAGCCAGACUGAGGAUGGUGAUUCCGUAUAUUGAGAAAUGGCCACAGGCUGUCAGCAUCUUAUUGCUCCCACAUAACAUCCCUUCGAGCCUCAACCUCCUCACCAGCAUGAUUGAUGAUAUAUGGCACCAUGCUGGAGACCAGUCCACAGAUAUUAACUGGUACACUCGUCGGGCUGUGCUCACUGGCAUCUACAACACCACAGAACUGGUGAUGAUGCAGGAUACAUCCCCUGACUUUGAAGACACGUGGCGUUUCCUGGAAAACAGAGUAGCUGAUGCCAUGAACAUGAGCAGUGCAGCUCAGCAGGUACAAUCAACUGGCAAAGCACUUGCCCAGGGCCUGAUGGGAGCUGCAGUUACUAUCACCAACCUGACGGGGCUGAACCAGCGCCGUUGAGGACGGAUCCCUGCUCUCCGGAGCCGCACAGGAGCGAGAACGGAGCGUCGUUUCCCCGCAGCACCAAUAAAACCCCGCACUCACCUC